AUGGAGAAUAUCCCCUAUGUUAAUGCAAUCGGGUACAUUAAUAGCUCCUUGAAUGUUGGAUUGGAAUAUUGUAAAAGUUAUGACUCACUUGAUCUUGUAGGCUUUGUAGAUUCUGAUUUUGCAAGUGACAAAUAUACAAGGAAGUCAACCACAUCAUACUUCUUUACUUUGGGAGGAAAUUGCGUGAGCUGGAAGUCCCAGCUUCAACCAAUUGUUGCUCUGUCCUCAACUAAGGCAGAGUAUGUGGCUGUGGCUGACAUCUUCAAAGAAGCUUUAUGGCUUCAAGGGAUGUUAUCAGAGGUUGAGCUACUUGAUGGGGUAGUCACUAGCUAUUCAAACAGCCAAAUUGUCAUACAUUUGAGCAAGAAUCCAGUCUACCACUAA